AGGGAUAUGGUGGGAGUGGCGCAGACGGGCUCCGGGAAGACGUUGUGCUAUGUUUUGCCCGCUUUUGUACGGAUCGCGAGGGAAGGCGUGCAAAGGGGGCCGAAGUGUGUGGUGUUGGCGCCCACUCGCGAGUUGGCCCAACAGAUCCAGUCGGUGGUGCGUCGCUACCAGUUCGUGAGCAGUGUGUGUCUGUAUGGGGGCGCCUCCCGAAUGCCGCAAAUGCAAGCGCUUCGCAAUAACAACCCGCAGAUCAUAAUCGCAACGCCCGGACGCAUGAAUGACUUCGUCGAGAGCUCUGUUGUCGACCUGCGGACAGUCGACUACCUGGUGCUGGACGAGGCCGACCGCAUGCUUGACAUGGGUUUCGAGCCACAGAUCAGACGCAUCAUCGACCAGAUGCCCAAAGAGCGGCAGACCGUCAUGUGGUCGGCCACGUGGCCCAAGGAGGUGAAGGCGUUGGCCGCGCACUAUAUGCGAGACUACAUUCAGAUCAAUGUCGGCGGCAAUGAAUUGGUGGCCAAUAAGAACAUCGAGCAGAUCGUCGAGAUUUGCGAAGACUUCGACAAAAAGGCGAAACUCAUUGAAGUGUUGCAUAGAAUCAAAGGCGAGUCCAAAGACAGCAAGACUUUGAUAUUCGCGAGAACUAAGCAAUCGGUCGACUAUUUGACGAAUGGGUUGCAGUCGAAGGGCUUCCGCGCCGUCAGUAUUCACGGCGACAAAUCACAGGCCGUUCGCGACCGAGUGCUCAGCGACUUCAGAAGCAAUCGGAUCCCAAUUCUUGUGGCCACUGAUGUUGCCGCCCGUGGAUUGGAUGUGGAUGACAUUAAAUAUGUCAUUAAUUAUGAUUAUCCCAACACUGGCGAAGACUAUGUCCACCGAAUUGGUCGCACCGGUCGUCGCGAUAAGAAGGGAACGGCGUUUACUUUCCUCUCACAAAAUGAGGCAAAACAGGCCAACGAGUUGAUUGAGAUUCUGCGCGAAUCCAACCAAACGGUUAGUCCACAGCUCUUAGAAAUGGCCGAAAUGUCGAGGAAUACCAAAGAUGUUCACAAACGGCGCCGCUUUGGGACUCCG